AUGAAGGGUCUUUUCAAAUCCAAACCGCGGACUCCAGCUGAAAUUGUUCGACAGACUCGCGAUCUCCUCCGCUACGCCGAUCGAUCCGCCUCCUUCCCUGACCUUCGAGAGUCCAAACGCGAGGAAAAGCUGGUGGAACUAACCAAGAGCUUGCGAGAAUUGAAGUUAAUACUCUAUGGAAACAGCGAGGCUGAGCCUGUAGCCGAAGCUUGCGCCCAGUUGACGCAGGAGUUCUUUAAGGAAGACACUCUUCGCCGCUUGCUCACAUGUCUUCCAUAUUUGAACUUGGAGGCCAGGAAAGAUGCUACACAAGUUGUUGCAAAUCUUCAGAGGCAACAAGUUAAUUCACGCCUUGUUGCAUCUGAUUAUCUCGAAUCCAACAUUGAUCUUAUGGAUUUUCUAGUGGAAGGCUUCGAGAACACAGAUAUGGCGUUACACUAUGGUACUAUGUUUAGAGAGUGCAUCCGCCAUCAGAUUGUUGCAAAAUAUGUCUUGGACUCACAGCACGUGAAGAAGUUUUUUUACUACAUUCAGCUUCCCAAUUUCGACAUUGCUGCUGAUGCUGCUGCAACUUUUAAGGAACUUCUGACAAGGCACAAGUCUACAGUUGCUGAAUUUCUCAUCAAGAAUGAAGACUGGUUUUUUGCAGACUACAACUCAAAGCUUCUUGAGUCAAGUAAUUAUAUAACCAGACGGCAGGCUAUCAAGCUGCUGGGCGAUAUAUUACUUGAUAGGUCAAAUUCAGGUGUGAUGUCGAAAUAUGUGAGGUCUAUGGAUAACUUGAGAAUUCUCAUGAAUCUUCUCAGAGAAUCAAGCAAGACCAUUCAGAUAGAAGCUUUCCAUGUUUUUAAGCUGUUUGUAGCAAACCAAAACAAGCCUUCAGAUAUCGUCAACAUUCUGGCGGCGAACAAGACCAAGCUUCUUAGAUUGUUGGCUGAUGUGAAGCCGGACAAAGAGGACGAGAGGUUUGAAGCAGACAAAGCUCAGGUGGUGAGAGAGAUUGCAAGCCUUAAGCUGCGAGAAACUGCUUGA